UUUUCACUUUGUUUUCUUAGUGUGUUUGGGAACGAAUGCGGUGCCCUUCCUCCCGUGCCUGUUCCUCUCUCCCAUGGAUCAAUGCAUAAAAAAUUAGGGUUUGGGUUUCCCCUAAACCCCACCCCGUUUUGGUGCCCCUUACCUGCAAUUCCAGGGCCUAGCUCUAAAUUAGAACACCAAAACAGAGAGCAUUUCAUCUAGGGUUUCCAUUCUGCUUGGGAAUUUGCAGAGAGGUUCUUUCUAGCUAGGGUUUCCAUAUUCUCAGAGGUUCUUUCUGGUUACGGUUUCAUUUUCUUUGCGGAGGUUAUUUACUGCUAGGGCUUCCUUUCCUUGGUGCAGAGGAAGGAGGAAGAGAGGCGGGUUAAUAAUGUUGAAGAAUGGGACUUCGUUGAGGGGUACGGUGAGAUUCAAUUCGGGAAGCCCUGGUGAUACAAACCCUAGUAAAUCUUCAAAGGGUCUGGUGAAUAAUGCUGAUUCUCGAUCCCUUGUGACCACAAAGAAAAGGUCGGAGAAUGCGUCGACUUCUGGGCCAAGGAGCAAAGAGACCAAGCUCACUGUUCAAUCCCCUCCGGAAUUAUCAGAUACGGGAAGUGAGGAGACAGAUCUGAGUAGUUCAGAGGGAGACGAUUCAUCGUGGAUCUCCUGGUUUUGCCGUUUAAGAGGAAAUGAGCUCCUUUGUGAAGUUGAUGAAGAUUACAUACAUGAUGAUUUCAACUUGUGUGGUCUUCCAGGACAGGUUCCAUAUUAUGAUUAUGCACUUGAUAUGAUCCUGGAUAAUGACUCUUUGAGCGGUGAGGUAGAUGGAGAAGAGCACAAUGAGAUUGAAUCUGCUGCAGAAAUAUUAUAUGGCCUUAUCCAUGCACGCUAUAUCCUGACAAGCAAAGGAUUAGCUGCCAUGCAUGAGAAAUACAAGAGAGUUGAUUUUGGACGGUGCCCCCGUGUUUAUUGCGGAGGACAACCGUGCCUUCCUGUGGGUUCGUCAGACAUUCCACGCAAUGGUUCAGUGAAGUUAUUCUGUCCAAAAUGUGAAGAUAUUUAUUUUCCGAGAUGCAAGUACCAGAGCAAUAUGGAUGGAGCUUACAUUGGGACAACAUUCCCUCACUUGUACCUAUUGACCUACCCAAAUGCAAAGCCUGCAAAGCCAGUUCAAACCUAUGUGCCUCGGGUUUUCGGUUUCAAGCUACACAAGAGUGCAAGGUGAUUGAUAUAUCUCAUCUUUAUCUUCUUCACGGGGGAGCGAAAACCCAGAUGCCAACAUGCGCCAUAUGAGGCAAUCUUUAGGAAAUAGAAAGAUUGCCACUAUGUAAAAGAUUAUGAUGUUGUACACUUGGGGCCGGCCUUAGAGUUCUUGGCUCGCUUGCCGUUUCCUGCAUUUUUUUAUGUAUUUUUGAGGUGCAUGUACCUUAAAAUUCUCGGUUCUUUUUUUUUGUUUUUUUUUCUUUUGCCAGUUUAUCUCCUUGGUUGAUUCAGUAGUUGAUGAUCCAUUUACGUUCCUUGUAUAAGUUUUUAAUUCAUAAGGUGCAAUGACUUAAAAAGGUAAAGCCUUUCUGAACGUUGGGUAUUUUUGUGAUUUCUUACAAAUACAGAUUGGAGUUCAUGUAA